UUUUCUGUUAAACGGUUAUUUCUGAGCCUCAGAAAUCUCUCUCUUCUUAUUUGUAAACACCAUUACUUCUCUUCCUUCUUUGAAAAACAAAAUCCAAACCCAAAUAAAAUCUUCCUUUCAAAUCUUCAUUUUAGCCAUGAAAAGGCAGAAAACCAUUGAAUUCAAUACCAUCAACAAUAAUAAUUUGUUUGAUCUUUUAUCUGAAGAAAUCAUUUUCUCAAUCUUAGAGUUUCUUGAUACAAAUCCACUUGACAGAAAGUCAUUUUCUUUAGUUUGCAAAUCAUUUUACACUAUAGAAUCUAAACACCGCAAAAUUCUCAAGCCUUUACGCCAAGAACACCUCCCAAGAAUCCUCAACAGAUACCCACAUGUAACUCAUCUCGAUCUUUCUCUCUGUCCUCGAAUAAAUGACAGUUCUCUAACUAUAAUCUCAAACUCUUGCAAGAAUUCGUUGAAGUCUAUUGAUCUUUCGCGUUCUAGAUUCUUUUCUUAUAAUGGAUUGACGAGUUUGGCUUUGAAUUGCAAGAAUUUGGUGAAUAUUGACUUGUCAAAUGCAACGGAGCUGAGAGACGCGGCGGCUUCUGCGGUGGCUGAAGCCAAGAAUCUUGAGAGAUUGUGGUUAGGGAGGUGUAAGUUGAUUACCGAUAUAGGUGUUGGGUGUAUAGCUGUUGGUUGCAAAAAGCUGAGGUUAAUUAGCUUGAAAUGGUGUUUAGGCGUUACUGAUUUAGGGGUUGGUUUGAUUGCUGUUAAGUGUAAAGAGAUCCGAAGUUUGGAUCUUUCUUAUUUACCGAUUACGAAUAAGUGCUUACCUUCCAUUUUGAAACUUAAAUCCCUUGAAGAUUUAGUUCUGGAAGGAUGCUUUGGUAUUGACGACGAGAGCCUUACAGCCUUCAAGCAUGGGUGCAAGUCACUGAAGACACUUGAUAUGUCAAGUUGUCAGAACAUUAGUCAUGUUGGUUUGUCUUCCCUCAUCGGCGGUGCUGGAGGUUUAGAGCAACUGACUUUAGCAUAUGGCUCUCCUGUCACCCUAGCGCUCGCUAAUAGUCUGAAACAGCUUUCAGUAUUGCAAUCUGUGAAACUAGAUGGUUGCAUGAUUACCUCUGCUGGAUUGAAGGCCCUUGGAAAUUGGUGUAUAUCACUAAAGGAGCUGAGCUUAAGUAAAUGUGUGGGAGUGACAGAUGAAGGUCUCUCCUGUCUUGUAACAAAACAUAGAGACUUGAGGAAGCUAGACAUCACGUGUUGCCGAAAGAUAACUGAUGUUUCUAUUUCCCACAUUACAAGUUCAUGCACGAAUCUCACUUCUCUCAGAAUGGAGUCAUGCACCCUGGUUUCUAGAGAAGCAUUUGUCCUGAUUGGACAGCGAUGCCAGUUGCUUGAGGAGCUUGAUUUAACAGAUAACGAGAUUGAUGAUGAAGGUCUAAAGUCGGUUUCUAGUUGUUUGAAACUCGCCAGCUUGAAAUUAGGAAUUUGCCUAAACAUAAGUGACGAGGGACUUGCUUAUGUUGGCAAGCACUGCACAAGACUCACCGAGCUUGAUUUGUAUAGGUCUGCUGGAGUAACAGAUACAGGCAUUUUAGCAAUUGCUUCUAGCUGUCUUGACCUUGAGAUGAUAAAUAUGUCCUACUGCAGAGAUAUUACAGAUAGUUCUUUGAUAUCACUUUCAAAAUGCAAGAAGUUGAACACGUUUGAAAGUCGAGGAUGUCCUUUAAUAACUUCUUUGGGUCUAGCAGCCAUUGCUGUGGGGUGUAAGCAAAUCACUAAGUUAGACAUAAAGAAGUGUCACAGUAUUGAUGAUGCUGGGAUGCUUCCGCUUGCUCUUUUUUCUCAAAAUCUCAGACAAAUAAAUUUGUCAUACAGCUCAAUUACGGAUGUGGGGCUGUUGUCCCUUGCCAGCAUCAGCUGCUUGCAAAACAUGACAGUCUUGCACUUGAAGGGCUUGACUCCUAGUGGAUUGGCAGCUGCCUUGUUGGCAUGCGGAGGACUAACAAAAGUGAAGCUCCAUGCAUCUUUUAAAUCCUUGCUUCCCCAGCCUCUUUUUGAACAUUUGGAAGCACGUGGUUGUGUAUUUGAAUGGAGAGACAAAGAGAUUCAGGCUGAAUUGGAUCCAAAGUGCUGGAAAUUACAGUUGGAAGAUAUGAUUCCAUGAAGAAUAUAGAAGCAGGGAGAUCAAGCUUCUGAGGUUAGCAAUAUCUAUAUGCAUGGAGUCCUUGCUGCAAAAUCCCAUAGCAUGUUGGAAUUUUGAGGGUGCAUUGUCAGGUUGUGGUUAGCAUGUUGGAAUUUUGAGGGUGCAUGUGAUGUUAGGUUGUGCUUAGUCAGGAUUUGAUUUGAUGUAAUUAUCAUGUUAGCCCCUCUGAAAUUAAUGCCUUCUACGGACAAAAUGGCAAAUUCAGGAUGUUUUUUAGCCUCUUGUAAACAUGGAACCCAAAAAGGGUUGGAAAAUGAAGUAAAAUGUAUGUUGUUUAAUUUUCAGUA